AUGAAAAUGUAAUUUUCAAGUAUCCCCGUGAAAAAAUAAUACUGGAUCAUCUGACACCUCUGAAGCAUUGGGCACUUAUUGGCUACAGCAAUGUUGUUGCUGCUUUGCAUAGCCCCUUUCCGUAUGUAUGGACUGAGCUCGAAGAUCAAAAAAGCCACGCUACUAUACUGUAGCGUACCCUUGUGCAUUGGUAGUUACAGGGAACUGAUGGCAAGUAUCCAUACUCCGUUGUUUUCCGUUCUCCUCGUCCUCAUCUUCAAUUACCUGAACUUAAACGCAGCAGCGCAGGAUUUUUAGUUUUGCUUCUCAAGCAUAAUGUGCAACUCGGGCUAACUCAACCUUAAAAGCGAGCAGGAAAAGCUAGAAUAUGACCGGAGUGCACGCGUCUGCGCUUACAUGCGAUCGGGAAUGGCGCUCGUAUUUUUCAAGAGAGAAUGCUUGGAUGAAUAAGGAAAACCUGAAACGUGUGUGGACGGAACGCAGCACAAACGGUUCAGAAACGGAGCACCACAAAGAAGCACAGCACGGGAGAGCGCGGAUUGGUGAUGUGAGGAAGAGCAAUGGCCUAGAUCAGUAAUAGAUCGUCAGUGGUUAGUCUGUCAUUCUAGUUAACUGGGUGCUGUUCAGGACCUUUAUUCCGUUCUACCGACGACAGAACAAAUGGAAUGAUUUUCAUUGAAGGUCUGUUAAAAUUCAAGAAUGCAGCCUUAGAGGUUUUUUUGUAAAACUUUUUAAAAAAUCGUUUUCACAGUUUCCCCCUAAAAACACACGCGUUUCUUGGGGUUGUCAAUAUUUUGUCAAUUAACAGUGGAUCUUUAUGUUAUUUAGUGGUUACUCAUUCAAUGGUUCAUAAUCCGAAGAUGUCCAAUUCGUAGGCUGUAUUACUUUUUUUGUAAGUAACGCUCUAGUAUAUUAACCAUUUGAAUGAUGACGUCUGUAGAAUCUGACAGUGAAAGGGGAAUAUCGGGCAGCAUUUUUGAAAAAAGCCCCAGGGUCCCCGACCGUAAUGGUUAUGUGAAAACAUGUGUUACUACACUGUCCCAGGACCCGAACUGUGCACCGUGGGUGAAACUGAUGUUCACUAAAAUAUGGAGUUAUAAAGGACUCUCGUCUGCGGUAUGCGUGGGGUCGCUUUCGGUUUUACUCGCUCUGGUGGUUAAAUUUGUAGACUGGGAAAUCGAGCACAACCGCAGCAGCAGCAGUAGUAGUAGCAGCAGCAGCAGCAGCAACAGCAAUAACAGACAGCCCGGGUCUCCGAUUCAUUUCGCGUCAGGCUGCACGGGGGAGCUAUUGCUAACUUGGUGGAAUCUGGUUUCUCCAGUCUUCACCCUCUUAUGUGCCUUCUUUUGGGUCGGCUUGUAUCUGAUCCGCUGUGGAGUCCUUAUUAAAACAACACUUUUUCUCUUAACCGCGUGCCAUUUGGGCGAAGCGGCGGCACAGUCGCUCUUGUUCGGGGCGGAUGAUCAGUUACUCUCCUUCACGGCGACCGUGGUGGUGCUCGCGUGCCUGGCAAGCGGGGCACUCAUGGUGGUGAGACUCAAGCAGGGAAUCUCAGUUAUCGUUUUCAUCAGCAUCGUCAGGACAAUCUCGCUCAUUUCUUUGCAUAAAGUGCGGGCCAGCUGGAGACCUUACUUGGCCUACGUGGUCGGAGUACUGGGCAUUCUACUGGCGAGGUAUGCUGACAGGCUCCUGCCGAACCAAGGGAUACACAAGGAGGGUUGUGCCUCCGUGAGUGAAGCGAAGGAAGAGAUCCCGGUAUUUAAAAGGCGAAGGAGGUCCAGCUCCGUAAUAUCUUCAGACAUGGCACACAGUCACUCCAACAGCAAGUCACAUCGGCGAACCUCGCUGCCGUGUAUUCAAAGGGACCAGAUGCUGUCCCAGUCUGAAUGGGACCACAAGCGAGGGUCUCGUGGAUCCCAGUCCUUGGGCACCAGCGUGACAGUGGACAUAGCGGUGAUGGGAGAGGCCCACGGGCUCAUCACCGACCUGCUGGCGGACCCCUCCCUGCCCCCCAACACCUGCAGCUCGCUGCGGGCCGUCAGCAACCUGCUCAGCACCCAGCUCACCUUCCAGCCCCUGCAUCGGCCCCGCGCCAACCUCCCGGGCUCCUUCAGCGACGCCUACACCUGCUCCGACUCCGAGGAGGGACCCGAGAAGGGCGAGAAGCUGGCCAUCCCAAAGCGUCUGCGACGGAGCCUCCCCCCGGGGCUGCUGCGCCGAAUCUCCUCCACCUGGACCACCACCACCUCCGCCACGGGCCUCCCCACCAUGGAGCCGGGCCCCGUGCGCCGGGACCGCAGCGCCAGCAUCAAGCCCCUCCACGAGGGCCCCAUCUGCAGUAUGGUUAAUAACGACUCGUGGAACUGUUCGCUCACGCUGACUAUUUCCAAAAGCAGGUCCGUGUCCGCGUCCUACCCCACCUCUGCCGGCACAAACCACCUCUACACCAAACGGCAAGGCAGACCAGGUUUCCCUCCCGUCAACAUCACGCCCCUGGCCUCUCCGUGCCAGUCCCCCGGCCAGGGCACGCCCGUCUCUAGCCCCGUCAGCAAGGCCCCCUCCGUGGACCUCCCGGACGCCGCGGACUCGCUGGGCGAGUGCGCGGUGGCGGCGCCGCCGGGCGCUCACAAAGCCUUAACUCACACACAGAGCGCGCCCGGCUGCACUGCCACACACUCGGUCUGCAGCAGUUGCGGAAGACCAUUCAGCAUAUUAAGCCUUGGAGAUGGGUCAAUGGACAGAGGAGACAGAAUACGCAGAACAGAUGAUCAAGCGAUAGUUUCAUCUGACUAUGACAGCACCCACGAGACCAACAACAGUGACAGCAGUGACGUGACACAGAGCGAAGAUCCGGAGAGAGGCAGAAAACCCACAGAUGCCCAGGCAGGGUGCAGGAUGUACCCAUCGGACACCAUUAUCCUGCACAACCUAAUACUCUCAGAGGACAAACCCAUUCUGGCCCCUGAGCCCCUGGUGAUGGAGGGUCUGGAUCCUAUGAUGAGCCAGCUCAACAACUGGAACUUCCCCAUCUUCAGCCUGGUGGAGAAGACGCACGGCAAACGUGGCUGUAUACUCAGCCAGGUCUCGUACAGGCUGUUCGAAGACACGGGGCUCUUUGAGACGUUCAAGAUCCCCGUGCGAGAGUUCAUGAACUACUUUCACGCCCUGGAGAACGGAUACAGGGACAUACCAUAUCACAACAGAACCCAUGCCACAGAUGUGCUUCACGCAGUGUGGUACCUCACCACACAAGCCGUCCCCGGCCUCCCCAGCCUCAUGAACGACCACGGCUCCGCCAGUGACUCCGAUUCGGACAGCGGCAUCACCCACAGUCACAUGGGUUUCCUGGUGUCCAAGACGUACACGGUGUCGGAGGACGGCUACGGCUGCCUGUCGGGCCUCAUCCCCGCCCUGGAGCUGAUGGCGCUGUACGUGGCGGCCGCCAUGCACGACUAUGACCACCCCGGCAGGACCAACGCCUUCCUGGUGGCCACCAGCGCCCCUCAGGCAGUGCUGUACAACGAUCGCUCUGUGCUGGAGAACCACCACGCGGCCUCGGCCUGGAGCCUCUUCAUGUCCCGCCCCGAGUACAACUUCCUGCUCAACCUCGACCACAUGGAGUUCAAGCGCUUUCGCUUCCUGGUCAUCGAGGCCAUCCUGGCCACCGACCUGAAGAAGCACUUUGACUUCCUGGCCGAGUUCAAUGCCAAGGUGGGCGACGACGUGGGCUCGGGCAUCGACUGGUCCAACGAGAACGACCGGCUGCUGGUGUGCCAGAUGUGCAUCAAGCUGGCCGACAUCAACGGCCCCCUCAAAUGCAAGGACCUGCACCUGCAGUGGACCGAGGGCAUCGUCAACGAGUUCUACGAACAGGGGGACGAGGAGUCCAGCCUGGGCCUUCCCAUCAGCCCCUUCAUGGACCGGUCGGCGCCGCAGCUGGCCAAGCUGCAGGAGUCCUUCAUCACGCACAUCGUGGGCCCGCUCUGCAGCUCCUACGACUCGGCCGCCCUCAUGCCCGGCCGCUGGGUGGAGCCCGCCGAGGGCGAGGAAGAGGAGGGGGCCGACAUCGACGAGAACGAGGAGGAGGACACGGCGGAGGAGGAGGAGGAGGAGGACGCGUCCACGGGCUCGGAGGCCUCCCAGAAACGGGUUACCAAGAAACGACGAAAAGUCUUCUGCCAGAUUACCCAGCACUUACUAGAGAACCACCAGAUGUGGAAGAAGGUGAUCGCAGAGGAGGUCCAGAAAGAGGAGGAGGAGUCAGGGCGCCACAGUAACCCCACUGAGCCAAUCCUGGCCAUCCAUGAGGAGGAGGAGGAGCCAGGAAGCAAAGAGGAGUCUGUGGAAGCCCUGGAGCAGGACGUGGAGACUGAGGAAGAGGGGACAGAGCCCCUGGAGGAGGAAGAAGAAACCCCGGCUUCUGAAACCCUGGUGGUUGAGGACCCAGAGUGAAAGAAAGUUCCGGAAGAAGAGCGAGGGAGCAGAUCGCCAGUAUCCAGAGCCAGAACGUUUUUUUAUUUUUUUUUAAAAAACAGAUUCCUGAUAUUUUGUUGCCAGCACAUCACUUAGACACAACACUGUAGAAGUUUGGGGAAUAUGUGCCUAAAGAAAACAGGGUGGGGAAGAGGCUGGGAUUUGGGGAAAUGGGGGAGAGGGCAGGGUGGCGGGUGGUGGGGGGCAUAAGGGAUUCUAAUGCUUUACACCUUUAUUAAUGAGGUCCGGUCCUGGUUCAGAGAACUCAACCUUCCGUUUGAGGAAGCUUCCACAGUACAGGAUCACAAAGCUCUGAGACUCUACACCCAUUCCAACCACUCCCCUCUUCAACCCCAUCCCCACCCCCACCCCCAAACCCCUGCUUGCAGUGGGAGGGGAGUCUGACCACCCAGCACCCCAAAUCCAAUGAGUUCCCCGUGGACUCUACAGACUGGUCCGUUUUUUGUAAGAGUACUUUUUUUUUUUUUU